UCUGUGUUUAUACUUUUUACUAUCUUAAAUAACUACUAGAAUAGUAGAAGCGUAGUAUCUAUAUUAGAAGUGUUGUUUCGAAAACAUUGAUAGCAUUUUACUUGAGACCUACAGAAUUGUCAUUUAUAAGUCAUUGUCUCCUUGUUGUAACUCUAAAAGCUUGUAACAAACCUCAGGUAAAACCUGUGGAUGACGCGUGCUACUAUCCCUUUAAAUGCCAUUGCGGGCUGUGGUGUGAUUGGUCAUAAAUCCGGAAGUGUGUUACUCUUCCUGUGUUUGUGUGUAUGGGUUGUUUAUCAAUCACUGCACAUCAAUGGAGGCAGCGCGGACACGAUAGAAUGUAUCGUUAUCGUGUCACUUAUCGUUAACCUGAACUAAUGAGGCAACAACAAUCUUAAUGGUGACGACACGAAGAUGAAAUCUACCAGUGACAGAGCAGUGAAGAAGGAGCAGAGUCAACACGAUGCUAACGUCGUUAAAACUGAGAAUGAACUCGGGAUGGACAGUGACGACGAGGAGGAGCAGGAGGAGGAAGGCGCCUGUGAAGUUUACACCCACGGACACGGUCUCAACAUCCACGUGAAGGAGGAGCCACUGUCACAGGACAUCUGUGAAGAGCCAGCACUGAGCUGUGUGGACACCACUGACAGCACUGACAACAAGCCUGACACACUGACAUGCUGCUCAGACGGACGUGUGAAGGAGGAGAGCCACUCUGACCUUCAGCCACUGGACGAAUAUGACAGUGGAAGUGGCAUCAAGGAGGAGGAGGAGGAGGAGGAGGAGCAGGAGGAGUCAUGGAUCAAACAGGAGAGGAACAGUGAGGUGGAGGCAGCAGAGGAGCCUGACACCAUCCAGGAGGGUUAUGAGGAGGGAGAGGAGGACUGUGCAGAAUCAUCAUCUGAGUUCUUUCCAUGUCCUCACUGUACUGUCUCGUUCACUGACCUGGAGUUCUUGGAGAAGCAUGUGAAAUGGGUCCAUCAGAAACAGUAUCUGGACAACUUGAAAAACUGCCUUUCAAGCCGCGCACUGAGCCUCAUCCCCAAACAUAAGUGCACUAUCUGCAGCAGCUCCUUUAACUCUAAAGUCAAACUGAAGGCUCAUGUAGGUGAAGCUCAUCCCUCUGAGCCUCCUCGCAGGCUGCACACAUGUCCAUGCUGUGCACGCAGCUUCCAGUACCUGAAGAACCUGAAGAACCACUGUCAGCGCUGGCACAGCAUGUCUGUGGUCACCAGAGGAGGACACCUGAGCUGCGCUGACUGUGGGAAGAGUUUCAAAGCUACCUGGGGUCAAGGGCCUCAUUUGUGUCACGAGCCACUGAACACGGAACCAGAAGAUAAGCCCAUCUGUCUGGACACUGGUGUGCAGUGUCUAGAGUGUGGCAAGAAGGUGCGCACCCCUCAAAGCCUGGAGAUCCACAUGCGCACCCACACGGGCGACAGGCCGUUCAUCUGCAAAGACUGCGGCAAGAGGUUUGUGGAGCGCAGCGGCUGGCGGCAGCACAUGAGAAUACACAGUGGGGAGAAGCCAUUCAAAUGUGAGGUGUGCGAGAAAGCCUUCUUAAGAUCGCACCACCUCAAGUGCCACUUGACCACACACUUCGGCAAGAAGGAAUACUCGUGCACCGAGUGUGGGAAGGAGUUUGGAUUCAAGUCGAGUCUGGAUCUCCACCUGAGGACGCACUCCGACGAGAGACCCUUCCACUGCAACGUGUGCGGGAAGAAGUUCAACACUCAGAGGAACCUGAGGGUCCACACCAAAGUCCACAACAGCGUCAAAGCUCACCAGUGCGGGGACUGCGGUCUGAAGAUCGGAGAUAUCGGGGCUUUGAAAAUACACCUGCGGACUCACACCGGAGAGAGGCCCUACCACUGCACGGUCUGUGGAAGCAGAUUUAUCCGACUCGCACAUUUGCGGAACCACCAGCGCACCCACACCGGCGAACGACCCUACAAAUGCACCGAGUGCGACAAGAGCUUCACUCAGUCCGGGGAUCUGAUCAAGCACAAGCGGAUUCACUCCGGGGAGAAGCCCUUCGAAUGUCCAGACUGCCACCGACGCUACACUUCCUCUGGUGACCUGGGCAAGCACAGGAGGACUCACACUAACCUACGACCCUACACGUGUCAGGAAUGUGGCAAAAGCUUCCGUUUGUCAGGCCAUUUGAAAACUCACAUGUUAACUCACACGGGGGAGAAGCCGUACUCCUGCCCCAACUGCCUCCGCAGGUUUGCCCGCUCUCACCAUCUUUCUGGACACGUGGCUAAAUGUCGCUAAAUGAGCUUUUUGUUGUUAAGAGAUUGUAAAUAAACGUAUUUAAUGUUGUAAUUAUGCAAACUGCAUGGAGCAGGGGUCUCAAACUCAAAGGAUCUGGGGGCCAAUGAGUGUCCAGUCAAGUGACAAAUGUAAUUUCUUAAAAAGCAACUGUUAUUAUGAGUGCAGAAUUAUAUUCCAUAUUCCAUGUCCACUUUUGGAGGACAUAUUUUUAUGACACUCCCACAAACAACCAUCCAUUGCUUUAUCCUCACUGUUGUAAAAACUCGCCGCUGAUGCUCCGACAUCAGCUCUGCCACGAUGAACGUCUAAAAUAACACUAUCACUGCCUUGAUCUUAUAGCCAGCACCUGGUUAGGAUGUUUGUGUAGUGCCAGUGUAGUGUAGUAAUAUGCCGCCCCCCCCCGAGAUCUUUGGUGGUUUUCUGCCCCCAAUCUCCCAGAUACAAGACAUUUAAUCCUGCAUUGUUCUGCUUUUGAAUUGAUUGGAGAGCCACAUUCCACGUUAAUUAGAUUGGAGGGCCACAUGUGGCCCGAGGACCACGAGUUUGGGACCUCUGACACAGAGGCUACUCUCAUGUCAGUAUAAUGUGAAACUUCUUUUGGAUACUUAUUUACAUGAGGUUUGUGUAACCCUUCACUUAAAGGACUGUUGUAACACUAAACAAGUGUCAUUAUUGCAUGGAACUAAACUUAGAUAAACACUAUGGACUGAAGACACUAUUACAGUGGUGUCCUGAGGACAAUGAGGACAUGCAGAGCAUGGACAUAAUAAGAUUCCAUCACCACUGUUCAAUGCUGUAUUAGCUGUGAAACAUGAAUAAAUGAUCUGAUGAA